GCUCUGUUAUAAAUCUUUGCUAUUGCGUGUCAUUAUUACUUGUUACUUUACUCAACAUGCCUCGGCUAACUAGAAAUAGUAUGGAAACGUCAACGAGCAACAAUAUUGCUAACACUAGCUCCGCUCGUCCGCCGUCGAGUACGAGUUCGCCAGUAACCAGUUCGCACGUGUCAGCGAUGCAAACGAGCAAUGCGGGUUCUUUGCCAGUCGCUAACAUCGUCAACGACGUGGUUCAAGCGCUUCAAGGUAGCUUGGAAGGCCUUGUUCAGUCCGCCAUUGAUGCUCGUUUGUCCGUCUCGUCAACCGCAGCAGUCGCAAACAACGCUGGGCAGUUCUCGUCUCGUCCAGCAAAUAACCUCGCUGAGAAUGCUCCCCCAAACAAUUUGGAAUCGCAGACCGCAAAUUACGAAACCGUUCAUCCAGCUGAUGGUAUGGUUAGUGGUGUUAAUGCUCAUUUAUCUGACGCCAGAGGUAGGCUCGUUCCUUCUUUUAUUAAUACGUUUGCCACGCCAUCUUCUUCAUUGGUUUGGUCGGGUAACAGUUCCAGUUCUCCCUCCCUUGCGCUAGCCACGGGUAGUGUGCCGUAUUAUUGCAACCCUAACGCUAGUAGUGGGAUCUCGUUACCACAAUCGAGUGGUGUCUCAUCAUUUAUUGUUGGCCCAGGUUAUGCCCCAAUACCUGCAAAAACUGUCGGUGCUAUUACUGCAGGGAAGUAUAUAAAUCUGGCUGAUCUUCUCCCGGAGAAUUCCUACGCCGUCGACGAGUCCAACGAGCCCCAUCUGCUUUUAGAUGGUCGCCUAGUUUUAACAGGCAUGAUAAAAAAACCGCGGAAAGAGAUUGUUGAUAUUGUUUCGUGGGUGGAGGCGUUUUCUAUAUAUGCCUUGAUUGGUCCGUCAGAGUCGUACACUCCUUUAGCCAAAUGUAGUCUGACCCGUAAUCGUAUAGUUUUGAAUAUUUAUUAUACAAACUGACACUGAUAUUGAUACUUGUACGGAAUACUAUUCGAUCUAUUAAAGUUAUAUACAAAAUAAUUAUAAGUAAAGAGUAAUAAUAUAAGUGUACUUUUAUACAUACCACUAAUUCAUAUAGCAAAUCAUUGAGUUCUAUAAAUGUCACUUACUUCUUUGGCGGGUCACUAGGACUACAUUCAAACAGUUCAAAAUACAGGUUAGCAGAAUCAACAGAAUACAAUAUUACAAUAGGUUAGCCUUUUCACGUUUCAGUAGGUCCUUUCGACCGCAGUUCCUUAUCUCAAUUAACAAUAACCUUGAACAUGCAAUUUAUGUAAAUGUCAAAACUGACAAGAUAUGUCAUUGUCACAAAACUAAUUUAAACUAACAGAACUAAUAUGUUAAAAUGUACGUAAAUUAAUUAUGCAAUUGUUACGUCGUGAGUGUCUAACGAAACAUUGAUAGUUUGUACUUCAACCCCUCACCGUUGGCGCGAUUUAACGACCUACAAGUUGUUGAUUUUACGCACGUAUCGCCAGUUCCAGAGUACUGCAUGGUUAACGUACGACAAGGCCUUUAGACAACACGCAGCCGCUCUAAACCUUACGGACUGGUCGGAACUGAACGUCCAGUUGUUCAAUUUUUAUACCGCCGGUUCUGCUGCGAAACCUUCUCAUUCGAUUCCGCAACCGCGGGUCGAUCGUGUGACCGAAGGGCAAGGCAAUUCAGCUGCGUUUGUAGUCUGUGCAUCGUGGAAUCGAGGACGGUGUGUAGCCCCCACUGCAUUGUGUCGCUUUCGCCAUGUAUGUUCGAACUGUUCGGCGGAUCACCGAGGCAUAAACUGUCCAACUUCUGGUAAAGCCCCUAGUUACCCGAUCCCGCCCAAAAGCCGUCGUUUCUAGAAUGCUCUAGUACGCAUCUAUGAGGCGCCAAAUAUGACAAAAUAGAUCAUAGUUGUGUGAUAUAUAUUACUGCAAAUAUAUACAGUAUAUUCGUGAUGAAUAGGUUAUUCUUCCAAAUAUUUAAAUAUUGUAAGCGGGUGAUAUACAUCACAAAUCAUGGUUUAUAUCACAACCCGUGAUAUAGAUCACAUUUCAGCUCGUGAUACAGGUUACAAAUCAUGGUUUAUAUAUCACAACUCGUGACAUAGAUCACAAUCCACAA